CUUGGAGAGGGCACACGGACUCGCCAUGGAGCUGGAGGAGAACAUGGAUUUGUUGGACCCAGAGAGGUUGAUCCAGUGUCCCUUUGUCAAACAGCAUCAGAUCCGAGCCUGCCGCUUUCCCUACCACCUUGUGAAGUGUAAGGAGAGCAACCCAGAAAUUGCAAAGAAAUUGGCCACGUGCCCGUUCAACGCCCGUCACCUGGUGCCUCGGGGCGACCUCAGCAACCACAUCAUGAAGUGCAACGACCAAGCCCUCAUGGAGCAAGAUGUAGUGAGCAGGUUCUGUGAGCCCCCACAGGAGCAGGUGAAGGAUGGGAGCACGUGGCAGGCACCUCCAUGUGAUGAAGACUGGGAAACAGAGGUGUCGGAGACGUCUAAGUCUGCUUUUGUUUGGGGUGUGCCCAACUCUGCCAUAAACAGCACCACCAGUGGCCAGACCAACUCCCUGCCCUCGAGGAUGAGGGCCCCCGAGACCCUCCCGUACAGCGUGUCCUGCAGGGCUAAUUCGGAGUAUUAACAUCUCGUCCCUCUGGAAAGUGUUUUCCCAGCAGAAAGUGCCUCCCUGUCUGGGACAGGAUGACAGACCUGCUCUGGACCUGAUGGCAGGACUCUCUACACUUGGCUUUUGCUGCAUAACAUGUUUCUUUCAACGUGAAACUGUCCUUGGUUACCAGAUGUUUUCCCCAAUUGAUUUUUCUAAUUUACCUUCAGUUGGUGACUUUGGUUACUUUUAUUAAAUAAAUAGACUGAUAAAUU